AAACUAGGGAAGUAUCUUAAGAGCGCUGAUCGGCUUCUCAUUGGGAAUCUAGUGCACUACGUAGGGUGUAGUAAAGAUUUAUUUCACGCCCUCAUUAGUGUACUUCAGCAGGGAAUAGGAAGCCAUUUGAGAUGGAAUAACAGCUAAGGAUUUUUAAGUAGCCCUUGCAGUGGGACAGUGUUGUUUUUAAUGCAGUUUCACUUUUUUUAGUUCAAUAAAGUAUUUUUUUGAAUAGCUUUGUGUUUUAAUUUAGCAGCAAACAUGGCCGCGAUUAUUCGAUUAUGGCUCCAUACAACAUCCCAGCAUUUGAGUGUAAUUUGGGUCGCUUUGCUGUUGAGCAGUCUGGCUGUGAUGACCAAAACAUACCACAGACCAAACAUCGUGCUGAUUCUCACUGAUGAUCUGGACAUCUCCAUCGGCGGGAUGAUUCCCUUAAACAAAACAAGGAAGUUGAUUGGGGAUGCUGGAAUAACCUUCACAAACACGUUUGUUGCCAGUCCCCUGUGCUGCCCCAGCAGAGCCAGCAUACUGACAGGCAAAUACCCACACAACCACCGUGUGAUCAACAACACACUGGAAGGCAACUGCAGCAGUCCCGGCUGGCAGAAGAGCCAGGAGCCUUAUACUUUCCCAGUCAUACUGCAGAAAUAUGGCUACUACCAGACAUUCUUUGCUGGGAAGUACAUGAACGAGUAUGGAAACAAGCAGGCUGGAGGAGUCGAGUAUGUUCCCCCAGGCUGGGACUACUGGUUUGCACUGGAGAGAAACUCAAAGUAUUACAACUACACAUUGUCAGUAAACGGUAAAGCACAGAGGCAUGGAGAGAAUUAUACUGAGGAUUAUCUUACUGACGUUCUGGCCAACAUAUCACUAGACUUUCUCCAGUACAAGUCUAACUACAGGCCAUUUUUCAUGAUGGUGUCCACGCCAGCUCCUCACUCUCCCUGGACAGCUGCUCCUCAGUACGAGGGCCAGUUUUCCAACAUCAAAGCCCCAAGAGAUCCCAGUUUUAACACCCACAGCAAGGAUAAACACUGGCUAAUUCGACAGGCAAAGACUCCAAUGGCAAACUCCUCUGUGGAAUUCCUUGACAAUGCUUACAGAAAACGGUGGCGUACUCUCUUGUCUGUAGACGACCUGGUGGAGAAGGUGGUGAAGAAACUGGAAGUCCGAGGAGAGCUGGAGAACACGUAUAUCUUUUUCACCUCUGAUAAUGGCUACCACACUGGCCAGUUUUCUCUCCCCAUGGACAAGCGUCAGCUUUAUGAGUUUGACAUCAGAGUUCCUCUGCUGGUACGAGGACCAAACAUCAAGCCCAACCAGACCAGCCCAUUACUUGUAGCUAAUAUAGAUUUGGGUCCAACUAUCCUGGACAUGGCAGGUUAUGAUGUCAAUAAGACCCAGAUGGACGGGAUGUCCUUUCUGCCAGUUAUGAUUGGGAAGGAGAACAGCACAACAUGGAGGACUGACUUUCUGGUGGAGUAUGAGGGAGAAGGACACAAUGUCUCAGAUCCAGCUUGUCCCAGCCUGGGCCCAGGAGUCUCAGAGUGUUUUCCUGAUUGUGUAUGUGAAGAUGCAUAUAACAAUACAUAUGCUUGCGUUCGCACAGUCUCCCAGACUACCAACCUGCAGUACUGCGAGUUUGAUGAUAAUGAGGUGUUUGUGGAAGUGUACAACCUGACAGCGGACCCCUUCCAGCUCACAAACAUUGCCAAAAGCAUCGAUCAGGAGGUUCUGGAGAAAAUGAAUCAUCGAUUGAUGAUGCUGCAGUCAUGUUCAGGACAGUCCUGCAGGACACCCGGGGUCUACGAUUCACGGUUUAAAUUCGACCCUCGGAUGAUGUUCAGCAGUCUCAGUCCUCACAUAAGCCGACUGCGGCAGACGCUAAAGUAAAGACAGAAAGCAAGAAUUUGAAAACCCUGUCCUGCUGUUGCCUUUUGUCCUGAUCUUCCCUUUGAGAUCAUGGCUGUCUCUUCCGUGUCUGGUCUAAAGAAUAAGGUCAUGAGGGUUUAUUGAAACAGGACACUACCCUGCUGCAGCCACCCUUUUCUGUAUUUCUGUAGUUUCUGACAGCUGCAAUUUUAACAUAGACUGACUAUAUUCAGUAUUGAGUUUUGCUCAGAUUACAUUUUUUUUCCUGCCUUUUGUUAAUUCGUUUUUGCAUCCUGAGAUUAACAACUUAAGUGAGUUAGAAUAGAGUAGAAUAGCAGGGAUAAAAUGUUGGCAGUGUUUAUCAGUGGGGUUUUGUCUACACAUAAAAAAAAUCAUUAAUAUUUUUUGUAUUAUCUAGGCACCAGAGCUCUUAUAUUCUAUCAGAUUUUAGGCCUUAAAUUUUGCCACAGUGACAUUAACAUGUUUGACAUUAACCUUGUUUGGACAUUUUAGUGUUGUACUUGGUCAAAGCCAAAGUUUGAAUAACUGAAUGUAUUCUGUUUCAGAAAGCAAGGUGCCUAAUUCUGACCAGUGACCACUGUUUUUUAUUAAAACAUGCAAAUUUCAUGAUUUCUCACACCUACUGAUCAUGGGGGGGG